AGGGCCGCAGCAGAGAGCCGAGGCUGAGGGGCCGGCGAUGCUCGGCGGGCGGAGCGGCAGCAUGCGGCGGUGUCGGGGCGCGGGGCUGGCGGCGCUGGCCGCGGUGCUGCUCGUGGUUGUGGCCAGAGCCGAGGUACAGCAGGAGCCAUCACUGGAGACCACCGAGGGCAGCGGCAUCAACAUCAACUGCUCACAUCCCAAAAUCCAGACCAACGAGAUGAUCUACUGGUACCGUCUGCUCCCGGGACGAGGACCCGAACUCCUCGUGAGCGCUCACAAAGGACUCAAGGAUCUUCCGGACAUUUUAGCACAGCUGAGGGUGUCGGCGGAUCGGCGUUGGAGCGCGCUGUGGCUGUGGCGGCCCCGGCGCGGGGACGCGGCCGUGUAUUACUGCGCGCUGGGCGCACGGGCAGAGGAGCCGGGGCUGCGGCCGGGCACGAACCGCCGCGGGCGGGGCCGGGCGGGGCCGGGGGCGCAGCGCCGGCCGCGGCCAGCAGGGGGCGCUGCCGCUCCGCCCGCCGGGCCUUGCCGGGCCCGGGCUGGGGGGGAGCUCCCGACAUCGGCACCGGUACCGCAAUCGGCACAGACACCGGAACCGACACCGGAACCGGCAACUGAACUGACACUGGCAGUGGAACCGGAACCUACACCUGCAUCAGAACUAGAACCGACACUGGAACAGACACCGGAACCGACACUGGAACUGACACUGGAAUUGACACCAGAAUCGACACCAGCACCGGCACCGACACCGACUUUGACACCAGAACCGACACCAACACUCGCCCCGGCACCGACACCGACAUUUACACUGACACCAACACCGCAACCAAUACUAUCACCAGGCACCAGCAAUGACACCAUCCCUGACACCGGCAUCAGCACUGACAGGAGUUCAAGCUUUCCACCCAUAAAAGAAGGGAUUGUAGGGGUCUUGGGCUUCUUCACGUGCUCCUCACAACGGUUCAGUGUUGAGACCACAAACUUCUUUUACACAUCUCAGAAUCCUUUGAGUUUACCUCAGGAGACAGGGUAAAACCUAGACCUGUCUUAAAGGCUGACACCCAGCCUUAAAGGCUACAUACAGAGUUCCCUCUUGAUGGGUGGUUGAGCAUCAGAUUUCCAAGUUGCCCCAAAAGGGCUGGAGGUCUGAGGUGUGUGCUUGCCCCUGGCAAGAGGCUGUGGGUUCCAGUGGGUCUUUAUGGCCCUGUUGGCAAGAAGUGGCCGGUUCCUGGGUUUGGCUGUACCCCACAUAACAUUGUAUGAGGAAAAUUCUUCUGGCUUGUUUCGUCUGCUCCUCUUCUGUAUCAAGGAGGUGUCAUGGGGGAAGAAGGGCUGCAGGGUCCCUCCCUGAACUCAGAACCAAGGGUUUGGUAGCAAAUGUCAUAAUAAAGGGGCUGUAUUAGUAACACAGAAUAAAAGCAGGAGUAUAGAUGGGAAUUAAACUUUGCAUUCUUUCAGAUGCUUGGAAUCCUCUGUUCAUACAGCAUUAUACAGACCCUGGUGGAUUUUCCAAAGACCCCAACAAGAAAGAUCUUCUGCUUCCCUCCCACACCCUGGUACCUUAUAUUUUGUAUACAAAACCCCAAGAAACAAACAUGCAAACAAUCAUACAUUUUCUCCUUACAUGCUGUAAGGUUAUUUCUGCCAUGACACCUGCACAGGGCACUGUAGGGACUUCCCAAAUUUUCAGUACAAGGCCCAACAGAGCAGACACGUACUGCCCAUGACUUCUUGAAUACUUCAAAGCUCUCAACUCACCUCCCCUCUGUGCUGUCUUCAAACAACACCAUUAGCCCACCUGGGGCCUUGCCCUUCUCCAGAACGCUGCAGCAUCCCUGAUGGGGCUGCCCCCAGGGUGUCCCCAGCUGAGUGCACAGUUUGCCGUGUUUCUGCAUGUGUUCUUGUGCCUGGGCUUCUCUGCAAGUGGUUUUGGGUGCAGAUUUCUGCAUGAGUGACAUGAGUGACAUGAGCAUGUGUGUGUUUGUGUGCCUCCCUUGUCACUGUAGGACACAAAAAAAAAAAAAAAAAAAAGAUGAGAGACUCCAAAUAUUUCAGAAGGCAAAGAGCAUAGAAAAAGCUUUAUUGUCUAAUUCUUACUACUUUUUAUAAGGUGUCCCUAUACAUACUUAACAUGAUUGGUGAAUAGGAAUGGCACCUCUCUAAUCCCAUUGGUUAAACUAGAGAAACAGCUAAAAUUGGGUUUUUUGAGAACUAGAAAGGCAAAACACCACCUGGAGAAGAUUGUUUUGAGAAAGGAUAGUUGUUUGCCCAGAUUGUUUUGAGAAGAAGCUUUCUUGAGAAAUUUUCCCUUGGGAAAAAAGUUAGCAGCUGCUAGCAGGCUAAAACCUCUCAGACCCAGAAAUAUCAGACCCACACCUCCUCACAAGGGAACAUGCUGCUCACAGCAGGGAUUCCCUCUGCUGCUCUGCCCACAAGCUCCACAAAGCAGCCAGGACCAAGCAGAAGGAGGUUCACUGCAGCUGAGCAGCAACAGAUCAAACCUGGCAGAGAUCUGCCCACAGCAGAGGCACUGAAACACAACCUCCUGUAUCUUCAGCCAUCUCUAUCCUGCACCUGCAAAGCUCAGUUUUCCUGAUAAUUUCAGGCCCCCACAAGAAUGGCUUCGUAACAGUUUGGAUUCCUAUCUUAAUUCGGUGUGAGAGUAUUUGGAGUGCAUCCCUGCAGCUGGAAAUCUUGUCUCUGUCCCUCACCAGCACAAGACACAGCUGCUGUCCCAAGUACUAGAGAGUACAAGAGAAUAGGGUUUGUUUUUUGAGUUCCUUCUUUGAGGCAAGGGAGCACUACUGGCUCAUUGUCAGCCUGGUAUCCAGCAGAACCCCCCAGGCUGUUUUCUGCAAAUCUUCUUAAAAACUGGGCAGU